CAGAGUUGCAGUCAUGCUGAAUCCUGUCCACAAAAUAGCCAUCUGGAUCAUUACUGGGUUUCUGGCCAUCUUUACUGUGUUUUUUAAUAUUUUCAUCUUACUGGUCAAUCAGCGCAACUGCAGGAAAAACCAUUUACACCUGUGUCCAGGUGACACCAUAAUGACCGGAAUAUCCCUGGCCAGCAUCGGCCAUCAGGUCCUAUCCUACUGCUGGAUGACAAUGGUGGAGAUAGAUGUGCAGUGUAUGUACGACAUGGCGGAAUCCAUACUGCUGGUAUUGGUUGUUUCCCUCAAGUUCUCUAUCAUGUGGGCGACCGCGUUCCUCACCUUUUUCUACAGCACCAAAUUGGUGAUCAAACCCAUUCACUGCUACACCCGCAUCCAGGAGGCAAUCCUCAAACACGUCCUGACCGUGGUCAUCGUUAUCUUCUUAUCCGGCUUUGUCAACUGCCUACCCCUGCUAAAGGUCCUGACCUAUCAAAACAGCAGCGCCGGAAACGCGGACUGCGGCUCCAUCACCGCCAGCGGGGUCAUCGGCCUCAGCUACGUCAUCUAUCUCGUUGUAAUCGCAGACAUCGUUCCGGGCAUCCUGAUGAUAAAAUGCAGCAUCUCCAUAUCGUAUCACCUGGCCAUUCAUCUCCAGCACAUGAAGCAAAGCACCAAUGGCACCCACACCCCCAAGUUGGGCACUCAGAUGCGGGUGAUCCGGAUGAACCUUACCCUGGUGGCGGUGUUCCUCUGUUUUCUCCUGGUAGACCUAUACACCCAGUCCAGGGUAGUGCUGCAGAGCGAGAACACCAUAGGUCUGACCAUUCUCUUCACCACGCUGUACACUGCCGUCAGUGGGUUUGUGCUGAUCUACGGGAAGAAGAGCUUCUGGAAGGAGUUUCUCCAGUGGUUCAACCUGUUUAUAGAUGAGUACCCUUGUCUGAACUGUAUGAAGAUUCCAGAGAGUAAGAACAUAAAGCACAGUGUUCACAAGCACUGAGUUUACUUCAUUAUUGCAGUCAAAUUUAGAGAUGGACGGAUCCAAUCCUCUCAGUAUUGUAAUAAACCUACAAAAAUACCUACAAAUUGGAUAAUGGCAACGUUUUAAAAUAUGGAUUUUAAGGCACUCAUUUCUGGCUAGACUUUUCAAUUUUAGCCAAGUUGUGUGAUGGAAUAUUAUAUUUCUCCUAAACAGAUAACAAGAUGUUAAAUUCUUUUGGGUAAGUACAAUAUUGUUGCUCUCCAAUGAUUUUAACUUAUAACUAAUAUGCACACACAAACCGUCCCCUACAUUGUGUCAACAUUUCUUGAUGAAUGGACCGAGAGAAAUUCUCUAAAAUAAAAUGAAACCCUUAAUAUAAUAAUAAGAAAAGUUAAAGCAGAUCAGAAUGGGGAACUUAAAAUAGUAUCAUAAUACUAUUUUAAAUGUCUCAUGAAUUUAGUUUCUCCUGUUAGUCAUGUUUUAUAGACAUUUUUUAUCAGGGCUGAUCCACCAUUCCGGUCCUUGACUUGCACUAGAAUAUAAACCAUAGUUAUGCAUUUAAUUGGAUGACAGGCAGUGAGAUUACAUAGCGGAUCACAAUUCCAUUUCCAUACCUAAGCACUCUGCAUGUCAUGUACUGAGAGACAUAUAUGAAAUCAUGCUCAACACCACGUCCCUUGCUAUAUCAGGGAGGUGCACAUGUCACUCAGCCUCUUGUCAGACGCACAAUUUGUUUAGCAGAACCACUGUGGAUAAAGUCUGACUAAGAAACAAGAGCAACUAAAAAAGGCCAGUGAGGUCCAGCACUGAGGGUCAUGUGACACCCCGGGGAGGUCAGAGCUGAAAUGCUCCUCUGAGGGAGACAGAUCAGAUUGUGGGCACCAAGGGGGUCCUUUGUGACAAAGUAGAAAAAAAAGUAGAACUUUUGAGUGAAGGUAGAUAUAUAAAACUCAUAGAGGGUUCUAGACAGUCUAGCUUAGCCAACAGCGCACUUGUAGAAGAGUGUGAAGAAGACAGGAUGUAAAUAGAAGUACACUGAUUAAAGAUUUUUUUUUACGUCCAAGACGUUUUUAUUUGUUUUGUUUAAGAUCUGUACAGAGUUGUGUAGCUUGUUUUGUGGUAGUGCUGCCCUCUGCUGCUCUUUAGGUGUAUCUCUUUAUACCGCUUUCUAAAAUUCUUAGGUGGGAGUUGCCUGGACCUGUCAGCUGACCUACUCCUGUUUUUAGUGGACCAUGGUGUCUUCACUAUGUGGUCCAUGGCAGUCAUGCUGGCAUUUGUUUUUCUUAGUUGUUUCUGUUCAGUUCUUUGUGACUAGUUUUGGUGUUGACCCUAUGUUUGUACUUUGAUUUGUAUAAAUAUUGCUCUAGCUAUACCCAAGCUUAAUAGUACAGAGUCAAUAAUAACUUGUUUUUCUUCU